AUGGCGGCUUCCAUGGACAUGGAGUUUGUUAUGAAAACAAAGAUUGCUUUAGCACAUGUAAACGCAAACAGUCAUUCAUGUUACACAUAUUUAAGACCAAAGCAAGUUGAUUGUUUGAAGGCAUCCACUGAUAGUGAUUGUAUAGGCUUGUUGCCUACCGGUUAUGGAAAAUCACUGAUUUUUGAGUGCCUUCCCUACAUGUCAGCUUCACACAGUCCCAGGACAGUGAUCUUGAUCUCGCCAUUGAAUGCUAUUAUAGAAGAACAGUCUCGUAGACUCGGCGCAAGGUCAGUGCGGUUAAAUCCGGAGUUUGACUGUAGUUUGUCCAGUUUCAUUAGUUGUGAGUAUUUGUAUAUACUGUCUCACCCAGAACACAUAAUGACCAAGAAACUCUUCGCCGUAUUUCGUGGCGACAUUUGGCAACACAAGGUAUCUCAUAUUGUUGUUGACGAAGCACACUGUGUAGUACAAUGGGGAAGUGAUUUCCGUCCGGAAUAUCGAAAUCUGAAAGACCUACGGGCAUUAUUCACAAAAGCACAUGUGUUAGCCCUUACAGCCACCGGUACGAAAAGAACACAGCAAGAAAUAUCAUCACAUCUUCUGCUUACCAAUCCUGUUAUUAUCGCUGCCAGCAUAGAUAGACCAAACAUAAUGUUCCAUGUGACAAAAAGACUUCCAAACAACAGAAUUGAAGAGUCUUUUAAGGAGAUCUUCAAACCACUUAUUGAUGAAUUGCGCAGUAAACAGGAAUGUUUUCCACGAACAAUUGUUUACUCAUCACUUAAAUGGUGUGGAUUUGCUCACGAAUUGUCCUUAAUGCCAACUUUUGACAGUGAUAUAGAUGAUAUAUCUGGUCUGGUGGCUCAAUUCCAUGCCUCAUGCACUAACAAGAUGAAGAAAGAGGUGAUCGAUGGCAUGCAGACCAUGAAUUGUGGUAUCAGAUUGUUAUUUGCAACUGAGGCAUAUGGGAUGGGUGCAGAUCCAAAACAAGUCAGGCGAAUUAUCCAUGCUGGUGUACCAAGAACAAUGGAAACAUACAUUCAGGAAGUUGGCAGAUGUGGGAGAGAUGGGGAAGAAUCUGAGGCUAUUUUGUACUACAACGCAUCUGACAUAGCACACAAUGUGAAAGGCAUGACUGAGGAAAUGAGAAAAUACUGUACAACAGAUGAAUGUCGUAGAGUGUCACUAGCCUCACAUUUUGGUCAGGAAUUUCCCAAGGACUAUAUCAUUAAACAUCAGUGCUGUGACAAUUGCAAGCUAUUGUGUGACUGUACCAUCUGUGAUUCUUCAGUUUCAUUAUCAUCAGGCUGUACAUCAGAUCCUAUUGUUGCGGGCUGUUAG